AAAGGAAUCCCAGACAAGGAGGGGAGGAGAGAGGAAGGAAGGAAGGAAGGAAGGGGUGGGCAGCAGGAGGGAGCCCCUUGCCCAGCUGAGUGUGUGAGCCAGGAGCCCCCGAAGAGAAGGCGCGGGAAAGAGGCUGCUGCUGCUGGUGGCUCUGCUCCUGAGGCGCAGGAGGGCGGGCAGGCUGCCGAGGACUAGGGCCGGCUGAGCAUGGCUGCGGGGCCAGAGGAGAGGGCAGCCUUCCCCCUGCAGCUGCAGCUGCGCCCAGCCCGGGACAGUGGGGGCCCUCCCACCCGGAGGAAAGUGCGCCCAAGACCAGGAGGGCGAGGGGGCUCUCCUUGAGCGCCGCCGGAGCAGCAUCCUUGCCCCUCUCCUCCUCCUCCUCCUGAGGGGCGGGCCAAAGGGGGCUUCCCUGGCAGACCCCAACGGAUGGCAAGGCGGCCAGGCGGAGCGGGGCUCUCCUGGUGGCUCCUCCAAGCCCUGGCCCUCCUCCAGAGUGGUCUAGCAGCUCCUGUGAAAUGCACCAUCAACCAGACAGAGUGGAAAGUCUCCAGCCAAUCUGUCUAUCUCAGGUGGAACAGUCUUGGAAGUCCCUGUAACUUCAGUGUAACCUGCAGCUCCCAAAAUGCUUUAUACAGGAUUUGCCAGCCGGUCCAGAGCACCAACGGUUCCUAUGAGUGUGACUACAAUGGAUUGGAAGCAGGGACUUUGUAUCACCUCAGGAUUGUCUCUCUAUCGGAUGGAGAAACCAGCAACAUCACCUUGCAAACAGAACCCUUGCCACCUACAAGAUUUGAAAUUAGGAAAGAAAAGAUUACAUCCACAACCUUGCAGGUCUGGUGGAGCCCAUCCUUAGGGAAAGUGGACCGAUAUGAGCUUCAGCUGCUUGAUAAAGUCAAAACAGAAGAGAUCCAUGUUCCUGGAACCAGUUCAAGAAAUGAACAGAUAUUUGCUAAUCUCACCCCUGGCACCAAAUAUACUAUUUCAAUCAAGGCAGUUGCUGGAAAUAAAAAGAGCCCUGCAGUUAAUAUCAGUGGUUCUACUGUGCCUUCUCCGGUGGAGAAUAUUGAGGUCCUAGCCAAGAUGGAAUCAAUCCAUGUUUCUUGGUCACCUGGUGCUGGGAAUGUGGAUCAAUACAAGCUAGUUCUACUGAAUAAAGAUGUUUCAGUGCAGGAAACAGAUCUAGCAAAACACUAUUUAUCGUACAGUUUUUCAGGACUAACACCGGGUUGUCUCUAUAAUCUCACUAUCAUUGCCAAGGCUGAAGGACUGGAAAACUACAAUUUUAAAGUAAUUAGGACUGCCCCAGCCAAAGUCUUAGAUUUGAGGAUAGCUAAUGAUGGCAGCUUGGAUACAUUGAAAGUAUUAUGGAAGAGACCUCUGGGUAAUCUUGACUUCUACAAUGUCACCUUGUUUCAUCUUGGAUCCAUUAAAGGAAAGAAAACUUUACAGCCACAAGUCACAGAGACAUAUUUUGACAAGCUCAUUUCAGGAUGCCUUUAUCAAGUUGAUGUCAGCACAGUCAGUGGUAAUUUGUUAACUGAAGUGACAGCAUAUGGAAGGACAGUUCCCCAGAAAGUUUCAGAGUUGAAAGUGGACAGCAUGGGAGGGAUGAAAUCUCUGAAAGUAAGCUGGCUGCCCCCUGCUGGAGACUGGGAUAAGUACUAUAUUGUGCUGCUGGACCGCUCUGUAGUGCUGCUGAAUACUACAGUGCAGAAAGAUAAAAGGGAAUACAUUAUCAAGGAUCUAGGACUGAUUCCAGGAAGACAAUAUGAGGUUGAUGUUACUGUAGAAAGCGGUGGGUUGCAGAACACAGCACGCAGCAAAGGUAGAACAGCCCCACAGCCUGUUCUUCAACUCCGUAUAAAGCAUGCUAAUGAAUCUUCUCUCACUAUCAUGUGGGUGACCCCUCUGACUGAGUGGGAUGGUUAUGUGGUUUCACUGGGAGACAGAGCACUUAGAAUCAUAAACAAGGCUCUUGCCAAAGAAGCUAAAGAAUUCACAUACACUGACCUCUUGCCUGGACGGAAGUAUACAGCUACUGUCACCACCAUAAGUGGGGAUUUGACCAACUGGACUUCAGUUGUGGGACGCACAGUUCCAGCUCAGGUAACAAGCUUGAGUGUGACAAACCAAGAAACAACGAACAGCCUAUUCACCAACUGGACCAGAGCACAUGGAAAUGUAGAUUCUUACCAAGUGUUACUCAUUCAUGAAAAUGUUGUCAUAAAGAAUGAGACUGUUUCCAGUGACACCAAUGAAUACUACUUCUAUUCCCUAAAACCUGGAGGACUCUAUUCAGUGGUUGUCACCACUAUUAGUGGAGGGAUAUCUUCCAGACAAGCAAUCGCUGAAGGAAGAACAGUCCCUUCCAGUGUACGUGGAGUAACAGUGAACAACUUGGGGAGAAGUGAUUAUCUCAGUGUUUCCUGGCUGCCAGCUGUCGGAGAUGUAGAUAGCUAUGUCGUAACACUCGCUCAUGAAGGACAGAUGGUUCAUACUCUCACCAUUGCAAAAUCUGCCAGUGAAUGUUCCUUCAACACUCUCAUUCCUGGCCGACUCUAUGAUGUGACAGUAACCACAAAGAGUGGAAAGUAUGAAAACCAAUCUUUCAGUCAAGAAAGAACAGUGCCUUCAAAUGUCCAGGGACUCACAGUGAGCAAUUCUGCAAGAAGUGACUAUUUAAAGGUGUCCUGGCUACAUGCCACAGGAGACUAUGAUAAUUAUGAAGUGAUCAUCAAGCACAACAGUGACUUCAUCCAAACAAAACAUGUCUCCAAGGAUGAAAAUGAAUGUGUUUUCACUAACCUGGUUCCAGGGAGACUUUAUAGUGUCACUGUUAGCACAAGGAGUGGAAAAUAUGAAACUAGUGAAAGGGCCAAUGGAAGAACAGUACCAGAGUCUGUAAAGCAAUUGACUCUAAGUGGUAAAAGUACUGAAGAGCUGUAUAUUACUUGGUCCAAAGCUGAUGGAGAUGUUGAUCAGUAUGAAAUCCAGCUUCUCUUCAAUGACAUGAAGGUUUUUCCACCCAAUCAUCUUGAAAACACUGUUGAAAAUUUUAGGUUCACAUCUCUCACCCCAGGACGCCUUUACAAAAUUCUUGUUGUGACAAUAAGUGGGAAAACACAACGUGCUACUUUUAUAGAAGGACUGACAGUUCCAAGUGCUGUUAAAAACAUUCAUAUUUCACCAAACGGAAUGACCAAUAGUUUGAAAGUUAAUUGGACCCCUGGAGGAGGAGAUGUUGAUUCAUAUACUGUCACAAUAUUACAUCAGAACCAUCCGCUUGAUACCCAGACAGUUUCCAAACAUGUUUAUGAGCACACCUUUAACAAACUGGAAGCAGGGGAGCAAUACAAAGUUCUUGUGCAGACAAACAGUGGCACCUUGCACAACAACUCAACAGCUGUUGGACGAACAAUUCCUGCCCCUGUUCAGGGACUGCAUGUAGACCAUGCAUACAGCAGCCAUUCAUUGAUUGUAACCUGGCAAAGUGCUGCUGGUGUGGCUGAGCGGUAUGACAUCCUACUCCGGACUGAACAAGGCAACCUUCUGAGCAACAGAUCAGAGCCAGCUACUGCUAAACAGCACAAGUUUGAAGAUUUAACACCAGGCAAGAAAUAUAAAGUACAAAUGUUGACAGUCAGCGGUGGACUCCUCAGCAGCCAAAUAGAAACUGAAGGUCGAACAGUUCCAGCAGCUGUCACAAAUCUGAAGGUCACAGAAAGAACCACUGGACGCCUGUCAUUUAGCUGGACUGCUUCUCAGGGAGAGCUGGACAAGUAUGAUAUCUUUCUGUAUAAUCCAGACAGCUCUCUUCAGGACCGAAUUUCAGGGGACCAUAAUCUGCAGCAGUAUUCUUUCCAGAAUUUGGUGCAAGGCAGGUUAUACAAAAUGGUGAUUGUUACACAGAGUGGCAAGCUUACUAAUGAAUCAUCUAUCUUUGGGAGAACAGUUCCAGCUCCAAUUAGCAAUCUCAAAGCUUUCAACAAAAACAUGACAGAGAGUCUGUGGUUCACCUGGACUCCAGCCUUAGGAGAUGUUGAUUAUUAUGAACUGAAUCUUUAUCAUCCAAAUGGUACUCAGAAGGAAGUACAGCAUGGACAGCAUUUGACAGAAUGGCAUUUCAAAGCUUUAGUCCCUGGCAGAAAAUAUGUUCUUGUUGUGAUAACCUAUAGUGGUGGCCUGAACAAUACAGCAAAAACUGAAGGGAGAACAGUGCCAGUCCCACCAAAUACUGUUUCAUUUGCUGAUGUCACAAACACAUCGUUAUCCAUCACAUGGUUGGGCCCUCCUGACUGGACAGAUUAUGAUGACUUUGAACUUCAAUGGACCCCACGAGAUACCCUCACUGUCUUCAAUCCUUACAGUAGUAGCAAAUCAAAAGGACGUAUUGUCUAUGGCCUCCAUCCAGGGAGAUUAUAUCACUUCAGUAUAACAAGUGUCAGUGGCAUAAUUCACAGCAAAUCACUUACUGGAUCUGUGAGGACAAGACCAGACAAGAUACAAAGUUUGCACUGCCGCCCCCAAAAUUCUACUGCCAUUGCAUGCUCCUGGAUCCCUCCUGACUCUGACUUUGACAGAUAUAGCAUUGAGUGCAAGAAAAUGGACACAGAGGAGAUUGAGUUCUCCAAAAUAAUAGAGAAAGAGAGGUCUGUGUUUACCAUCAUGACACUAGUGCCCCACACAAGAUACCUGGUGUCCAUCAAAGUCCAGUCAGCUGACAUGACCAGUGAUGUGGUAAAAGAUAACACCAUCACUAUGAUAGAUCGCCCACCACCACCGCCUGCGUACAUUCGAGUGAACAGAAAGGAUGUUGUCAUCAGCAAAUCUUCCAUCCACUUCACUUUCAAUUGCAGCUGGUUUAGUGACACAAAUGGAGCUGUGAAAUACUUUACUGUGGUUGUGAGAGAAGCUGAUGGUAGUGAAGGACUGAAGCCAGAACAACAUCACCCUUUACCUUCUUACUUGGAAUACAAACACAACCACUCCAUUCAUAUCUAUCAAACAGAUUAUUUUGCAAGUAAAUGCACUGAAAACCCUGAUAGCAUUUCAAAGAGCUUUGAUAUUAAGCUUGGAACAGAGAUGGAAAAUCUGGGAGGAAAGUGCACUUCAAAGUUGCAGAAAUAUUGUGAUGGACCACUAAAACCCAGGACUGAUUAUAGGAUCAGCAUCCGGGCUUUCACGCAACUCUUCAGAGAAGACCUGAAGGAACUCCCUGAGCCCUUAUUCUCUGAUACCUAUUUUUCCUUGCCAAUCACUACAGAGUCAGAACCCUCAUUUGGAGUUAUAGAAGGAGUGAGUGCUAGUUUAUUUCUGAUAAUUAUGUUGGUGGCCGUCACUGCAUUUCUUGUCUGCAGACAAAAAGUAAAUAGUGGUCCUGAAAGACCAACAGCAAGAGUGAGCAUUCGCAGAGACAGGCCGCUGUCUGUUCACUUGAACAUGGGACAAAAAGGGAGCCGGAAAACCUCCAGCCCAAUAAAAGUAAAUCAGUUUGAAAUGCACUUCACCAAACUUCAGGCAGACUCCAACUACCUCCUAUCCAAGGAAUAUGAGGAUCUGAAAGAUGUGGGUCGAAACCAGUCUUGUGACAUUGCCCUUCUUCCAGAGAACCGAGGGAAAAAUCGAUACAAUAAUAUAUUGCCCUAUGACACAACGCGUGUAAAACUUUCAAAUGUUGAUGAUGACCCAUGUUCUGACUAUAUCAAUGCAAGCUACAUCCCGGGCAAUAAUUUUCGUAGGGAAUAUAUCGCAACUCAAGGACCUCUGCCUGGCACAAAGGAUGAUUUCUGGAAAAUGGCAUGGGAACAGAAUGUUCACAACGUUGUCAUGGUAACCCAGUGUGUUGAAAAAGGCCGGGUAAAAUGUGACCAUUACUGGCCCUUUGACCAGGAUUCCUUAUAUUAUGGAGAUUUAAUAGUCCAGAUGCUUUCUGAGUCAGUGCUGCCUGAAUGGACAAUACGAGAGUUUAAGGUUUGCAGUGAAGAACAACUUGAUUCCUCUAGACUUAUUCGACAGUUCCACUAUACUGUGUGGCCAGACCAUGGUGUACCAGAAACCACCCAGUCCCUCAUUCAGUUUGUGAGAACCGUACGAGAUUAUAUUAACAGAACACCUCAUGCAGGACCAACCAUAGUACACUGCAGUGCUGGAGUUGGUAGAACAGGAACGUUCAUUGCACUGGAUCGAAUUCUUCAGCAAUUGGAGUUGAAAGAUUCUGUGGAUAUUUAUGGGGCAGUGCAUGAUCUGAGGCUUCACAGGGUUCACAUGGUUCAGACAGAGUGCCAAUAUGUAUAUUUACAUCAAUGUGUGAGAGAUGUCUUAAGAGCAAGAAAGCUACGCAGUGAACAGGAAAACCCAUUGUUUCCAAUAUAUGAAAAUGUGAAUCCAGAAUAUCACAGAGAUGCUGUUUAUUCAAGGCACUAAAUCACUACUGGAUUCCUGCUUUGUGCAGUCAUAUCAAUCUAGCUAUUGUUUAGCUACUUUUUAAAACUAUUUUAUGCACUACAAAAGUGACAGACAUGUUUGAAGCUGUGUAUAAUUUAUUGGUCUGGUGACACUUUAAAGUAUAUAAUUUAAAUAUAACAGAUAUUGUUGUAUAUAAAUGUAUUUUGAUAUUAUGUAAAUAUGUAUUUUAUCUAUAAUGUUUAUAAUUAAGCGUCAGAUAAUACUAUUUUUCCAUGCUAAAGUUAUUUUAAUGAAUUGCUCUCUAUAAACUAUUUUAUGCUGGA